AUGUUUGCCGAUUGGUUGCAAUACCGUUGGGAUCUAUUGAUAACAACAUGGUUUGAUAACAAUUUGUUUGCAAUGGCUUUUUACGGUACAUUAGGUAUCGUCUACUGUAUGUUUUGGACAGUUGGCCUAUUCUACCUGUUUGUCGAUAUAACCGGCCGACCAGGUUUUCUAAUAAAAUAUAAGAUCCAAGAGCCGUAUACUCCCAUAUCGAAAUCUGUAUUACUAGAUUUAAUUGGACAGGUAUUAUUCAAUCAGAUAGUGGUAAUGGUGCCAUUGUUUUAUUUGUUAGCCCGUGCUCUCGAGUGGCGCCAGAUUCCUACCGGACAGUUACCAUCACUGGCCCGUAUUGUAGCCGAUUUUAUCGGUUUUGUGGCUGUCAACGAGAUUGGCUUUUACUAUACGCACCGACUUGUCCACUACGGACCACUCUAUCGUUUGAUACAGGAUCAUCGAUGGCAGGCACCGGUAGCCAUAAGUUCGUUUUACUGUCAUCCGAUUGAACACGUAUUCAGUAAUAUUAUGCCAGUGUUUAUGGGUCCAUUUGUGAUGAACUCACACAUAUUAAUUCAAUGGUUAUGGUAUGGGACGGCUGUAUUUGUCUCACUCACCCAUCACUCUGGCUAUCAUUUUCCGUGUAUGAUAUCAUCGGAAUAUCACGACUAUCACCACUUGAAAUUCAAUCAAAACUUCGGUACGAUUGGUCUAUUGGAUUGGAUUCACGGCACUAACAAUGAGUUUUACAAAUCAAUUGCCUAUAAGAGACACCGGGUUUUCAUGAGCUGCCAAUCAAUCAAACAAUUAUAUCCCGAUGAGAGUCAAAAUAUUACUAUAGUCAACUGUAUGUAUUGGACAGUUGGCCUAUUCUAUCUGUUUGUCGAUAUGACCGGCCGACCAGGUUUUCUAUUGAAAUACAAGAUCCAGGAGUCGUAUACUCCUAUAUCGAAAUCUGUAUUACUAGAUUUGAUUGGACAGGUAUUAUUCAAUCAGAUACUGGUAAUGGUGCCAUCACUUUAUUUGUUAUCCAGUGUUUUCGAGUGGCGCCAGUUUCCCACAGGACAGUUGCCAUCACUGGCCCGUAUUGUAGCCGAUUUUAUCGUCUUUGUGUUUGUUAUGGAGAUAUUCCAAUACUAUACUCAUCGACUACUACACUACGGACCACUCUAUCGUUUGGUACAUAAGCGCCAUCAUCGAUGGCAGACACCGGUAGCCAUCAGUUCGCUUUACUGUCAUCCGAUUGAACUCAUGUUCAACAAUACUAUACCAGUGUUUAUGGGUCCAUUUCUAAUGAAAUCACAUAUAUUAACUCAAUGGUUAUGGUAUGGGUUUAUUAUAUUUGUAACACUAGCCGAUCACUCUGGCUAUCAUUUUCCGUGUAUGAUAUCAACGGAAUAUCACUACUAUUACCACUUGAAUUUCACUCAAAACUUGGGUGCGUUUGGUCUAUUGGAUUGGAUUCACGGCACUGGCAAUGAAUUUUAUAAAUCAAUGGCCUAUAAGAGACACCGGUUUGACUUUCAUCGGGAUAUAACUGUUUGA